CUCAUAGUGAUAAUAAACAAAUAUUUUCCUUUUUAAAAUAGAAAUAAUUUAAACGGUCGUCUGUUUAGCAUUCUUGUAAAUUGUUAUUUUAAAGUUUAAAAGUUCCCUCCUGACCCUUGAGUUCUCUAUACUAUUAAGCCAUGGUUGUUGCUCAACGAAGACAAUCACCAUCUGAUUCUUCACCUCAAAAGGUCAAGCGAGGGAGACCAACCAAAGAAAAGGAAAUGCGAGUAGUCUGCUAUGAUCCAAUGAAGACUGAGAGCAAUAAACGAAAGAAAGUCAAUGUAGAAAGCUUGUACAAUAAUUCCAAAGCUGCAUCACCUACCAUGGAACGAGCAUAUGAGGUUCAAGCAAAUUUAGCUCCUCAGUUCCCAAGCAUGGUUAAACUUAUGCUCCAUUCUCAUGUUUGUGUGGGGUUUUGGCUGGGUCUUCCUAAAAAGUUCUGUGAUAUGCAUUUGCCAAAGCAAGAUACAAUGAUGGUUUUGGAAGAUGAGAGCGGGCAAGUAUGUGAUGCAAAGUAUCUUGCAUUGAAGGUGGGAUUAAGUGCCGGAUGGAGAGGGUUUUCAAUUGCUCAUAAAUUAGUCGAGGGAGAUGUUGUAGUCUUUCAUUUAGUCUCUCCUCUUAAAUUUAAGGUGUAUAUUAUUAGAUCACACUGUCCUGAUGAAGUAGAUGGUGCGCUUGGGCUUCUCAAAUUAGAAGCUCACAUGAAGCAAAUGGAUAAUACUGGAAACAUCAUUGCUUGUGAAAAGGAAACUAAAAGCUUAAAGCCUGAUGUCUUGGACUGCCCUUUUAAUAUCAACAUUCAAAAAACUAUCUCUUGGACAUCAGAACAAUCUGAUAAAGACUACGAAGUUAUCGGGCCUGAGGUUUUGGAUGGAAUUAGACUUUCAGAGUCAGCUAUAAGCUUUGAACAAGUGAAACACUUUGAUGAUUUCAACAUUCUCGUCAAUGGUUUGAUCAUAAACUCUGAGCUUCCCAAAUACUUGCUGGCCAAGUACUACGAGCUCUGUCGUAGUCAGAAAGCAUUUCUUCAUGAGCAUAUUCUCGAGGGCCUUAACUGUAAACUUGUUGCUGGAGUCAUCUCGGAGACAAUUAACAUAGCUGACGCCAUCAGAGCCAGCAAGAUCUCCAGCUCGGUCAAUGAUUUCACCACUUGGGAAAAGACCCUGAAAGCCUUUGAGGGGUUGGGCAUGAAUGUGGGAUUUUUGUGUUCUCGACUAGAGCAGCUAGCAAGUCUAGCUUCAAAAUCAAAGAGAUAUGAAAACGUUAAAGUUGAACGUGAGGAUGCCAAAGAGGAGUUGAGGAGUUUGGAGAAAAAGAUGUUGACAGUAAAAGACAGAUUGAGUAGUCUUGACACUGAGUUUGAGGCCAUUGGAGUUCAUUUUCAGGACCUUCAGCUAAAGUUCAAAGAAGUUGCAAGCGCUCCUUGGUGAUGACUGACGAGGAAGUUUCAUUUUGCUGUUUCUUUCUUGAGGAUACUUCAUAUGAAUGUGUCAAGUACUGAAUAGUCAAAUACUAACUACAUGGGGAAGAAGUCUUUUGUAUUAGGGGUAUAUAUGUAUGUUUUUCACCCGACUCAAAAUCUUUCUAUACAUUGGAGUUCAUUUUCAGGACCUUCAGCUAAAGUUAAAAGAAGUUGCAAGCGCUCCUUGGUGAUGACUGACGAGGAAGUUUCAUUUUGCUGUUUCUUUCUUGAGGAUACUUCAUAUGAAUGUGUCAAGUACUAACUACAUGGGGAAGAAGUCUUUUGUAUUAGGGGUAUAUAUGUAUGUUUUUCACCCGACUCAAAAUCUUUCUAUACAUAAUGUACUUACUUUUAGAGAAUGAUAGCACCUUUUCAGCCUUUCCAUUGAAUCAAAAUUACCUAGUGAAACUUCAUGACUU